AUGGAUGCGACUCUCCCAGACUUCCCUUCCGUCUCGGGCACUCAGCAAACUCCAAUCUCCAUCCUCUUGAUCAAUCCCAACUCAUCCCCUCACAUCACCAAUGCCUGCCUCCAAAAUAUUUCAAGCAAGAUUCCUCCCGGGGUAACAGUCUAUGGCUUCACCGCAAGCCCGCCAGCUCCCAGUGCAAUCGAAGGCCGCGUCGACGGCAUCCUCUCCUCGGCCGAGUGCUUGCGCAGAAUCGUGCCCAUCAAGCACCGCUUCGACGCUUUCCUCGUCGCCUGCUUCAGCAACCACCCGCUUAUUACGGCCCUCCGCGAAGAAGUCGAAGCGCCCGUUCUCGGCAUCAUGGAGUCAGCCCUCUACGCAUCACGCAUGUGCGGCAACAAGCUCGGCGUCAUUACCACCAGCGAGCGAUCCGAGAUCCUGCACGCGCAGAACAUCUUCGACGCCGGCUUCGCCAACUACUCGGCCGGGUGCGUGGCCUGCAAGAUCUCGGUGCUUGACCUGGAAAACAAGCCGAGAGAAGAGGUGUUUGCGGGCGUGACGCGCGCGGCGAGGGAGCUGGUAGAGGGCAGAAAGGCGGAUUGUCUGCUUCUCGGAUGCGCAGGCAUGACGGGUGCGAAGGAAGCCUGCGAAGACGCCGUCGGCACAAAGCAGAGGCAGGUCAUGGUCGUGGAUGGGGUGGCUGUUGGCGUGCAGUUUUUGAUCGGGCUGGUGAGAGAGGGACUGGGAACGGCGAAGGGUGGGGCGUACCGGCCGGCCGAAGCGGGGCGGAAAGCGAGGGGGCAGGAGUGGUACUGA